GCUGACUGUAACGGGCGAUUUUCCUGAUCUACCAGAGAUCUGGCCCAGUUUUGCAUGAUAGUUGGGUUAAAAAAUAAAACAGUACCUUCCUUCGCACUUAGCGUGGAUUUCCAACAAAAGAGGUGGAGACUUGUCUUGUCUAUAGUGAGUAGUUUUCCCGUCUUACACUUGUUGUGGCUCAUUUGCAAGAAUGAGUAGAUGAGGCAUUGUUUUGUCGAGACGUGGACUUGCAUGAGAUCACUGCGUGGGCGAAGAGGAAUACGGCUUGCUUUGUCCAGGAUGUGUCAUUUCUAGUGCAUGGGGGCACAGCAGCAUUCAAUGGAGAGUGAAUGGAGUGACUUCUGUGAAUCACAGAGAGUAUAGUGCGGCCACUCAGACCCCACACGUUGAAUGUGAAAUGCAGGCAGAGAUGGAGAGUGGCUUUUGUGAUGCUGACAUGUUGAAACACCAAGAUGUCUGCCAACAAUACCCAGCUUCAGCACCCAGGUUUGAGUGGUUGGAAAAGUAUCGUCGCAAAGUAACAGCAACCAGAGGCUCUCUGAAGCAGUCCCUAUCUCCUCUUGUGGAGCCAUUGUCCAAGUUGGGCCACAACAAGAAAACAGAGAGGUCACAAGCGUCCGAGAGAAGAGGAGUGACCACCGCGGAGGACGACCGAAGCAGCAGCAGCAGCGGUGCACCAGGCAGCCCUGGAAGGGAGGCCCGGGGGUUGUACGAGGAGGGGAAUGACCAGUCACGGCCGUCCAUGCAUACGCAGCCGUCCAACAAAGACCAGAUGCUGGCCAUGCCUCAGUUCGGCCUGCGGGACAACCUCAUCCGCUGUGAACUGCUCAAGAACGAGGACGUCUACACCUACCUGGAGAACUUCAGCUUCUUCUUGGGAACUUAUAAUGUGAACGGCCAGACCCCUAAAGAGAGUUUGCGACCAUGGCUGGCUUCAACGGAAGACCCCCCAGAUUUCUACUGUGUUGGUUUCCAGGAACUUGACCUCAGCAAAGAGGCGUUUAUCUUCAAUGACACCCCGAAGGAGUCUGAAUGGAUGAAAGCUGUGUUUGAUGGACUUCAUCCAGGUGCCAAGUACGCCUUUGUGAAGCAUGUGCGGCUGGUGGGCAUCAUGCAGCUGUGCUUUGUGAAGAAGGAGCACGCGGAGCACAUCUCUGAGGUGGAGAUCGACACCGUGGGCACAGGCAUCAUGGGAAGGAUGGGCAACAAAGGUGGCGUGGGCAUUCGUUUCCGCUUUCACAACUCUGACGUCUGCGUGGUGAACUCGCACCUGGCGGCCCACAUAGAGGAGUACGAGCGGCGGAACCAGGACUACAGGGAGAUCUGCUCAAGGAUGCAGUUCCGCCAGCAAGACCCUGACCUGCCCCCACUGACCAUCAUGAAGCACAAUAUUGUCCUUUGGCUGGGAGAUCUGAACUACAGGCUAAGCAACCUUGAGGUGGACCAGGUGAAAGAUUUGAUAUCUAAAAAGGACUUUGAAACUCUGCAAACAUAUGACCAGCUGAAGAGGCAGAUUGAUGAAGAGGCGGUUUUUGUGGGUUUCACUGAGGGGAGCAUUGAUUUCCAGCCCACCUACAAAUACGACACAGGCUCCAGUCAAUGGGACACGAGCGAGAAGUGCAGGGUGCCGGCCUGGUGCGACCGGAUCCUGUGGAGGGGGAAGAACAUCCGCCAGCUGCACUACGAGAGCCACAUGGCCCUGAAGACCAGCGACCACAAGCCUGUCAGCUCGCUGCUGGAGAUAGGGAUCAAGAAGGUGAACGAAGAAAUUUAUAAGAAGACAUUUGAGGAUAUCGUGAGGACGCUGGACAAGAUGGAGAAUGAGUGUAUUCCCUCUGUCUCCUUGUCUCAAAGAGAGUUCCAAUUCAAAGAUGUGAAGUUCAUGCAGCACCGCUCGGAGACGCUGACCAUUCACAAUGACGGACAGGUGCCGUGCCAAUUUGAAUUCAUUCAGAAGCUGGAUGAGCCAGCCUACUGCAAGCCCUGGCUCACAGCCAACCCACACAAGGGAUUCCUGGCACAGGGGGCCAGCGUGGACAUCGACCUGGAGGUGUUUGUGAACCGCUUCACGGCGCCCGAGCUGAACUCGGGCCGGCAGCAGAUUGAGGACAUUCUGGUGCUGCAUCUGGACCGGGGCAAGGACUACUUCAUCUCGGUGAUGGGGAACUACCUGCCCAGCUGCUUUGGCACCUCCAUCCGGGCACUGUGCCACUUGCGGGAGCCCAUCCAAGACAUGCCACUCGACACCAUCCAGAGACUAACGUCUGUGCCAGCUGCCGAGGAGAUUGAUUGCCCAGAUGUGGAUGUGCCUUUGGACAGACCCAAGGAGAUCUGCUUGCUUGUGGACCACCUCUACCGCAAUGCCAGUAAACAGGAGGACCUGUUCCAGCAACCGGGACUCCGCCAUGAGUUUGAAGAAAUCAGAGACUGCUUGGACACAGGGGACCCAGACUCACUCCCUGGAAGUAACCACUCUGUAGCGGAAGCACUGCUCCUCUUCCUGGAUGCCCUUCCUGAACCUGUGGUGCCGUACAAUCUCUACAAGCAGUGCCUAGAAUGCUGCUCAGACUAUGGGCAGUGCAAACAGGUGAUUUCCAUGCUACCUCAGUGCCAUAAAAAUGUGUUUAGUUCUCUGACGGAGUUCCUGCGGGAGCUGUUGAAGCACUCCAGUCACAACCGCUUGGAUGUCAACAUCUUAGUCACCAUCUUUGCUGCCUUGAUUCUGCGGUCCCCUACGAAGCAAGAUCUUCCUCAGAAGAGGAAGACCCAGGAGUUUUACCAGCAUUUUUUGACUCAAGAUCUGGCUUCAUCUUGAGAGUCCAUAGUUUACUUUUUGUUUGUUUUUUGAGCUCAAUGAAAUGUAACAUGUUAUCAUACAUGUUGUACACAUGUCUUUUGAAUAGACUUGCUUUGAUCGUCCAUGAUUUAAAUAUGAUGUUUAAUGCAGGGUGACAUUUUUAGUUGUGGAAACAGCCUUUAUUUUAUUACAGUAUAGAGAAACCGCCCUAAUAUGUAUAUUUACCAGCUAUUUAAUUAUCAGAUUUAUUUGUAUUUUGAUGUCUGUAAAUACAAAACUGCUCUUUUAUAUUCAUAUAUAUAUAUAAAUAUAAUUGUGCUUAAAGCUGUCAUGUUGAUAGUUAUUUUUCAAAUGUCGAAAUCACUAAAAAAAAACAUAUUUUAAGUGAUCUGUGUUGUGUUUUUGUGCUGUGUACAUUCAUACAACAAGUCAGACAUUUUCAUGUAACCUUGUUUUAUACACCGGAAUUAUUUUUUAAAGAAGAUAUCAAGUGCAUGGCUUCUGCAACAAUGUUUGGGAGCAUGUAGUGUGGAAGGGGAUGAUUGUAAAAUCCAUUCCUUAAGGAUUGUAAUAAUAAUAUUAAUGAUAAUAAUAAUAUUGAUAAUAAAUCUAAACUUGAUUGAA